GUCUUCUCUCUGUUUUUCUCUUCUAUUUUAACACGCUGACAGUAACUGCCAUUAGAGACUUCCCCACGAACUUUCCUUUCAAAACUCUGCAUUUACUUGACCAUAUUAUCUUGUUUUUCAGUUCUUUAAACUGUAUCUUUUAGUUUCAUAGUUCAUAAGGAUAAGAGGCGAAGGCACCUAAUAACUUUGUUGAUGCGAAAAAUUAAAUACAAAUCGGUUUCAUAGUUGACACUGGAAAAAAAAUUGUAGCAGGAAGUUAUGACCAUGGGGCGUGUUAAAUUCGUAAGGUUUGAAGAUUGGAGUUCAGAAAAAUCUGAAUCAGAGAGGCAAUUAUCCUUGGAGAAUGGGUUAUAUUCAAGAAGGAUUAGGCCAACUAUAAGUGCUGUUAUUGAAAGUAUUCAGAGAGGCUUCCAACUGGGAUCUGAAAGAAUUAAAGGCUUUAAGAAGCCAUUAAAUUCUCAUGUUAAUCAGUCAGCAAAGGAACCUGAAUCUGGAAAGAAAAUUCUUGACCCACAAGACUCGUUUCUUCAACGGUGGAACAAAAUAUUUAUGCUCUCUUGUGUGAUUGCAUUGGCCAUAGACCCAUUGUUCUUUUAUAUCCUAGUGAUUGAUGGAAACAAUAAAUGCCUUGAUUUGGAUGUGACUUUAGAAAUCACUGCUUGUCUCCUUCGUACAUCCGUUGAUAUCUUUUAUAUACUUCAUAUAAUAUUUCAAUUCCGCACUGGGUUUAUCGCCCCUUCUUCUCGAGUGUUUGGAAGGGGCGAGUUGAUUAAUGAUCCUACGGCUAUAGCCAAAAGAUACUUGACCUCCUACUUCAUUGUUGACAUUCUGGCAAUUCUUCCGUUACCACAGGUGGUAGUUUUACUUAUAAUCCCCUCUACGAAAGGCCCAGUUUCAUUAAUCACAAAGGAGAUGUUGAAAGCUGUUAUUUUAUGCCAAUAUGUUCCAAGAAUUGUUCGGUUUUAUCCAUUGUCCAACGAUGUCAAAAGAACUUCUGGCAUACUCACUGAAACAGCAGAGGCUGGAGCUGCUCUAAAUCUCUUUCUUUAUAUGCUAGCCAGUCAUAUAAUUGGAGCCAUUUGGUACUUGUAUUCAAUUGAACGACAAGAUAGCUGCUGGCGUGAAAAGUGCAAAAAAGAUCAGACUCAGACUGAAUGUAAACUUGAUUGGUUGUACUGCCAGAAAAAUCAAUCAAACGCUGUGUUUUUGAAUAAUUCAUGCCCUUUUAUUGAUCCUGAUGACAUAAAGAAUGAAUUCAACUUUGGUAUAUCCAUUGAUGCUCUUCGGACAAGGGUGGUUGAAGAAAGGGAUUUUACAAAGAAAUUCUUUUACUGCUUUUGGUGGGGUCUGCGUAAUCUUAGUUCUUUGGGCCAAAAUCUAAAAACAAGCACCUUUGUGGCAGAGAUUUUCUUUGCUUUCUUCAUAUCAAUCUCUGGUUUAGUUUUGUUUGCUCUACUUAUUGGCAAUAUGCAGAAAUAUUUGCAAUCUAAAACUGUUAGAGUAGAGGAAAUGAGAGUGAGGAGACGAGAUGCAGAGCAGUGGAUGUCUCACCGUAUGCUCCCUGAAAAUCUGAAGGACCGAAUUAGAAAAUAUGAACAAUAUAAAUGGCAAGAAACAAGAGGUGUUGAAGAAGACACUCUAAUUCGUAACCUUCCUAAAGAUCUCAGGAGGGAUAUAAAGCAUCAUCUUUGUUGGGAUCUACUCAAGAAAGUUCCAAUGUUUGAGAAAAUGGAUGAGCAAUUAUUAGAUGCAAUGUGUGAUCGUCUGAAGCCUGUCCUUUACACGGAGAAGAGCUUCAUUCUUCGCGAGGGGGAUCCGGUUGACGAGAUGAUUUUUGUCAUGAGAGGCAAUCUAGUAUCUACAACCACUAAUGGUGGAAGAACUGGCUUCUUUAAUGCUGUUUAUCUCAAAGCUACUGACUUCUGUGGAGAAGCUCUUCUUACGUGGGCCUUGGAUCCCCAAUCCUCCUCCAAUCUUCCCACCUCGACUUGGACUGUACAGGCUCUAUCAGAGGUUGAAGCCUUUGCUCUCAUGGCUGAAGACUUGAAGUUCGUUGCCUCUCAGUAUCGGCGUCUUAACAGCAAGCAGCUUCAGCACAUUUUCAGGUUACACUCGGUACAGUGGAGGACGUGGGCAGCACGUUUUGUACAAGCAGCUUGGCGCCGGUACUGCAAGAAGAAACUUGCAAAAUCCUUACGUGAAGAAGAAGACAGAUUUCAAGAUGCUCUGGCAACAGAGACGAGCUCUACAAGCCUUGGUGCAACUAUCUAUGCAUCAAAAUUUGCAGCCAAUCUACUGCGACCAUUGCGGCAGAGUGGUGGACGCAGCACCAGAUUGACCCAGAGGUUACCACCACUUAUUAUACCUCAAAAGCCUGCUGAGCCCGACUUUACCGCCAGAGACUUCUAGAGAGGUGCAAUUGUAAAGUAAUUUAGUCUUUAGUAGUUUGACCAGAUUUUUGUCUUAUCACGUAAAGUUACAAUGUAAUAAGUCUGCGUAUAUAAUAAAUUUUAAUAGUAUCAGGUUUGAAGCAA